UGGUUUCCUGUUAACAUUGGACACCGGAGGGAACCCACCAUGACUUCAGUGGCCUCCAUUCCUUUCUCCAUCCCCCAAGCAAUUCCAGCAACCCAAAGUCCACCAGUCCAGAACUCAAACCUCUCCCUCCUCCAACUCUGCACCCACCUCCACGAGGCCAACCAAAUCCAUGCCCUCAUGAUCAAAUCCUCCCAAGCCACCGACGCCUACUCCGCCGGCCGCCUCGCUGAAUUCUACGCCAUCUCGGACCAUGGCAGCCUCCAGCACGCCGAGAAGGUCCUCCGCUCCCUCGAACACCCCCCCACCUUCAUCUUUAACACCCUCAUGAGGGGCCACCUCAACAGACGAAUUCCCCUCCAAUCCAUCCACAUCUACCACCAAAUGCUCCUCGCCUCCGCCGAGCCCGAUCACUUCACCUUCACGUUUGCUCUCAAGGCGAGCACCCAAUUGCGCGCUCUGCCCAUCGGCCACCAGCUCCAUGCUCACAUCGUCAAGCACGGGCUCCAUUCCAAUCCCCACAUCCGCAACAAGCUCAUCCAUCUGUACGCUGUCUGUGGCCGCAUCGGCGACGCCCGCAAGGUGUUCGACGGAAGUACCGAGCUGGAUGUUGUUGCAUGGAAUAGUAUGCUCGAAGGGUAUGCGGAUAACAAAGAUGGGGGGUCUCUUCAUGAUCUCUUCUCCAGGAUGCCUGCUCGUGAUGUGGUGUCUUGGAACACCAUGAUGGCGUAUCACAUCGAGAUGGGGGAGUUUGAGGAGGCCAUCAUGACGUUCCGGUCGAUGCAGGAGAGCCAUGAAUGCCGCCCAAAUAGAGUGACUUUGGUCAGUGUUCUUUCUGCGCUCAGCCAUUUGGGUGCUCUGGGCCAAGGCCAAUGGGCACAUGCUUACAUCAACAGGCAUGGAAUCGAGCUCGAUGAGAACCUUAGCUCGGCGCUGAUCAAUAUGUACUCCAAGUGUGGAUGCAUCGAAGGUGCGGUCUACACAUUUGAGGUGACAAAUUGCAGGAGUGCGGAUGCUUGGAAUGCUAUGAUAUCUGGUUUCACAACAAAUGGGCAGAGCUCAAGAGCUGUGGAGCUCUUCUCUAGGAUGGAGUCGUCGGCGGUGGAGCCUAAUAGGAUCACCUUCGCUUGUGUUUUGAAUGCUUGUAGCCAUGGAGGAUUGGUCGAUAAAGGCAUCGAAUAUUUCAGGAAGAUGAAUGAUGUUUACGGGACUGAGCCCGACAUUGGACAUUAUGGAUGCAUGGUGGAUCUCUUCAGUCGUGCAGGUUUGUUCGAAAAGGCUGAGGAGAUGAUUCGAGGAAUGCCGAUGGAACCCGAUGCAGUUAUGUGGAAGGCUGUGGUGGGUGCUUGUAGAAUCCAUAGGAAUCUAGAGUUAGGUGAGAAGGCUGGAUUUAGGCUUGUUAAAGCGGCUCCUGAUGAUCAUGCUGCAUAUGUUCUGCUAUCGAAUAUUUUCGCCAUGGCGAAUAACUGGAAUGGAGUUCAUAAGGUGAGGAAAAUGAUGUCAGAGAGAGGAGUAAGGAAGGUGCCUGGCUGCAGCUCCAUUGAAUUGGGUGGGGUGGUCCAUGAAUUCAUAGCUGGAGAUGUUUCUCAACCAAGGAAGAAGGAAAUAUAUGAGAUGAUGGAUGAAAUCGGGGAGCGAUUGAAGCUUGCAGGAUAUGAGCCUGAUACUACACAAGUGUUACUGGAUAUAGAUGAAGAAGAAGUGAAAGAAAGCUCCUUGGCUCUUCAUAGUGAGAAGAUUGCAGUAGCCUUUGGACUUAUCAGCACCAAAGCAGGCACCACCAUUAGGGUGGUGAAGAACCUCCGGAUGUGUGGAGAUUGUCAUUCUGCCAUAAAGCUUCUUACUGAGAUCUAUGAGAGGGAUAUAAUUGUUAGGGAUGCAAAUAGAUUCCAUCACUUCAGGAAAGGAUCCUGUUCUUGCAUGGACUACUGGUAACCACCAUGAUUGGAAUUACACUAAUUUUUUCCCCAUUAAUUGGAGAGUGUACAGGAGAACCGGCCGGAACUGCUAAUUGAAUUUUUCAACAAUCUUAGAUGU